GAUUCGCACGUCUACUCAUACUCCUGUGUAGCUCCACCCCUCGGGCAUCCGGCCCCGCCCCUCCCCGCAGGCCAGUGAGAGCCGCUCCCUGAUCCCGAUUUGUCACGAUAUCACGACAUGGCGCACCAGACCGGUAUCCACGCUACCCCAGAACUGAAGGAAUUCUUCGCAAAGGCUCGAAAUGGAUCUAUCCGGCUGAUAAAAGUGGUCAUCGAAGAUGAGCAGCUUGUGCUGGGCACUCACAAGGAUCUGAGAAAGAGCUGGGACCAAGACUACGAUGCCACCAUCCUUCCACUCUUGGACGACAGUCAGCCAUGUUACAUCCUGUACCGUCUCGACAGCCAGAAUGCCCAGGGUUAUGAAUGGCUUUUCUUGUCCUGGUCACCUGAUAAUUCCCCGGUACGGCUGAAGAUGUUGUACGCAGCGACAAGAGCGACUGUCAAGAAAGAGUUUGGUGGCGGACACAUUAAGGAUGAACUGUUUGGCACAGUAAAGGAAGAUGUCACUCUCAGCGGAUACCAGAGACAUGUGUCAUCCUGUGCUGCACCGGCGCCACUCACCGCCGCUGAGAGGGAACUGCGGGAUAUCAAAAUCAAUGAGGUGAAGACUGAGAUCAGCGUUGAGAGUAAACAGCAGACCCUACAGGGAUUGUUCUUCCCUCUAAGACCCGAGGCAAUGGAGGCCAUUCAGCUCCUGAAGCAGAUGAAAAUCAAUUACAUACAGCUGAAACUGGAUCAAGAAAAAGAGACUAUUGAUCUGGUUCAUACAAAGCACACUGACGUCCAGGACCUGCCGGCGAGGAUCCCCAAGGACGCAGCACGCUACCACUUCUUCCUGUAUAAACACUCCCAUGAGGGAGAUUACCUGGAGUCUGUAGUUUUUAUUUACUCCAUGCCGGGCUAUAAGUGCAGUAUCAAGGAGCGCAUGCUGUACUCCAGCUGUAAGAAUCGGCUUCUAGAAUCUGUAGAGCAGGAUUUUCAACUGGAAAUUGCCAAAAAGAUUGAAAUUGAGGAGGGUUCUGAGUUAACUCCGGAGUUCCUCUAUGAUGAAGUGCACCCCAAGCAGCAUGCCUUCAAACAGGCUUUUGCCAAACCCAAAGGACCUGCUGGAAAACGUGGACAGAAGCGCCUGAUUAAAGGGCCCGGUGAAAAUGGGGAGGACAGUUAGAUACCCAAGUCGCUGCCAAAUUUGACCUGAGAGAUUAGUACCAAGACUGGGCCCGUGGGAUGUGCGGAAACCUCUGCCUUCAUUUUACUUUCUCUGCCGCAAGAUGAUAUGAGUCUGGCGCAAGGGUCUGGGGGAGCGUCUGCUCCAUCAUCUUCGUCAUUGUGGCUUGUUACAUGGACGUGUUCCGGAUCAAUCCUCCCUUUUUUUUACUUUUUGCUUUUGUCUGUGCCUGAAUGAUGUCAGAUUUGAUGAACAACGUGUGUUGGAUAGGGGUUCGUGAUAACGGUCAUGGCAGCCACAGCGAUAAUCUCUGUUAUUUUAUUCUAGAUACAAUGAAUCAGCAGGAGGAUCGGCGUCAUUCAUGAUUUUAACCGCCUGUAUCAUUGUUUACUUUUUGGAAUUGGGUUACAGACCUCUAGUGUUACAUUCUGCAAAAUCAGAUUAAAACACUAUGGGCCACUAUGGGGCAGGGUUCAGCAGCAUGCUACAUUUACCAAUUGCAUGCUCUUCCCAGAAAAAAAACAAAUAAAUCUGACGCUGAUGAGGUCACAUGAUACGCAUGAGAAAUUAGUCAAAACGGAUAGAAUUGUUUUCCCUUUUAUCUGGACACUUACUGCCAGAUUGUUCAAGGCUGCUCAUGUCCUCCUGGAUUGCUACUUUUUUUUUUUCCUUUCUUAGGGGUGGUUUACAUUCCAGAAAAUAAGAAAUUAACAAAAAUCAGACUCAACCAAACAAAUCAGACAAAUUCACCCUUAGCUCUGUAUUUUCUAUAGAAAAACAAAAUAAAUAAAAAUUACUUUGUUUUUUAAGUGGC